GGGCGAUUAAAUAUUUCAACGGGUUGCAUCCGCAAGCCGUAGUGAAGUGAGUGAAAAGUGUAACAGAAUUUUUUCAGUGAUCACCUCGAACAAAGUGUUAGAUGACAUUACAUAGAUCUGUCUGGAUUUAUUUUGGAUUUCGAAACUGAUGGAUCGUACGCGCAGCUGAUCCGCCAUCAUGUCGCGCGACACCGAGCGACGAUUAUCGCUGGUCGCCAUCGUGUUGCUUGCGACAACGUGCGUCUCUCACGCUAGGGAUGUUAUACUCGAUGACAGUUACACCGCCAUUUCAGUAUCAACAAAUGAGAGGUUACGACUGAUCUGCGGAUUGAGGUCACGGAGCGGAACGGAGUGGCUCAGAGAUGACCAGCCGGUGAAGUUGAGCAGGAGAAUAACACAGCAGAAACAAUGGUUGAGGAUAAGAAGCUUCCAUCCCGAAGACGCUGGCGUCUAUAGCUGUCGACCAGCAGAUGACGGCAGUAUUCUAAGUGUGCUCAUCAGGCAUAAGGACGAAGACCAACAUGAUCUAGAAUAUCAAUCAGAUGGCGAAAUUAAAAGAUCAUCAUAUGAAGAAGAUAUUGUUAAAUUACUGAAGAAUACUGAAGAUGACAAAAAUUAUCGAUCGGCGAGAAAUCUAGUCUUCAAAGAUGACAAUACGAAUGAGGACAUAGACAAUGUAGAUGAAGUUGAUGAACCUCUUGGAAAAUACCCUCCAAAGUUUGCGAACGAAAGAAUGUUUCUUCCAAAAACAAAGACAGUUGGAAGCACAGUCAGACUGAGAUGCGUAGCUGAAGGGAAUCCAACUCCGAACAUAACUUGGAGGAGAGAUAACGCGCACAUAUCGAGGGACCCUGAACCAGAGUACAUAAAGUGGUCGGUGGAAUUGGAGGAGCUGACGAAGGAUGAUGAGGGGAACUACACGUGUGUAGUAUGCAAUGAGCUGGGGUGUAUUGAACGUGACAUUGAAUUAUUUAUUACUGAUCUACAAACUCUAAAUGUGGAUUUAAAGCGACCGAUUCCUGAAAUACUAGCCCAACAUCGAGCCGUAGACGAUAAUAACACAGCAGUCAACUCGCGAGUGGCCAAAAACGUUAACGUCAAAGAUGACGACACAGAAGACAAAAAUGAUAAAGACCAUCACACGUAUGGAGACUUGGAUAACUCGACAACUAUGUUCGCACCAAGGUUCAAGCACUUGUCCAAAAUGUAUGCUGCUGAAAUCAAACCAGCUGGAAGCACGAUCAAGUUGAAAUGCGCUGCUGAAGGUAAUCCCACUCCCAACAUAACUUGGAAGAAAAAUGACGAAAAUAUCACCAGAACAUACUUCAGGCCGGUUUAUGGAAAAUGGUCCCUGACGCUAGAAGAGAUGACCAAGGCUGACGAUGGAAACUACACUUGUAUCGUCUGCAACAUCUUGGGCUGCAUACAACACAACGUAGAAGUUUCUGUCAUCGAACGGGUAUACGCAAAGCCAGUGCUGACGAAAGCCAUUCUGAACCAAACAAGAUUGAUAGGAGAGGCUGCCGUGUUUAGUUGUCAGUUCCUCUCGGAUCUGCACCCGUUCAUCUACUGGAUGUACACGCGCAAAAUCGAGCAAUUGUUUGAUGCAGACGAUAACGCCACUCAGCCUUAUUCCAGUGAUCAAACUAAGUUUUCCAUCAUGUCCGAGAACCCAGAUGACAAGCCAGAGCAACUGACGAUCUACAACGUGACCAAAGAUGACGAAGGAUGGUAUGUUUGUAUCGCGAGCAAUGCCCUGGGCAACUCCACAGCUAUCGGGUACCUCACUGUUGUUGAAUCAAUGCCAGUACCAGAACAAUUGGACCAUGGAAAGCACACAUUCCUUAUCAACGUAUUGACCGUAGUUCUGGGAGCUAUGUUCUUAGUCGCCGCUGUGAUAGUAGUGAUGAUCUUCAAGAAGCUGAAACGGGAAAAGAUAAAGAAACAAUUAGCAUUGGAGACGGCGAGAGCUGUGAUUGUGACGCAUUGGACGAAGAAGGUGACGGUGGAGAAGCCGCAAAUGAAUGGGACGGCUAAUCCUGCAGAAGAGGCUUUGCUUAUGCCAGUAGUAAAGAUAGAGAAGCAGAAACUCCAGCAAGUUCAAGGAGGCACGAACAGUGAUUCCAUGAUGAUGUCAGAAUAUGAGUUGCCAGUGGACAUAGACUGGGAAGUGGCUAGAGAGAGUCUAGCGCUGGGCAAGGUGCUCGGAGAGGGAGAAUUCGGGAAAGUGGUGAAGGCCGAAUGUGUGGGCAUCGUUAAGCAGGGAGUGCCUUCUGUUGUGGCUGUUAAAAUGUUGAAAGAAGGGCACACGGACGCGGAGAUGAUGGCGCUGGUGUCGGAGAUGGAGAUGAUGAAGAUGAUCGGCAAGCACGUGAACAUCAUCAACCUACUAGGCUGCUGCACGCAGGACGGGCCCCUGUACGUCAUCGUGGAGUACGCGCCCAACGGCAACCUGCGGGAGUUCCUCAGGAACCACCGCCCUGGGAACAGGUACGAACCAUUACCGACAGAGAACGUGAAAGAGAAGAAGACCCUCACACAGAAGGACCUUGUCUCCUUCUCUUAUCAAGUCGCUAGAGGAAUGGAGUACUUGGCAUCAAGACGAUGCAUCCACCGCGACCUGGCCGCGCGCAACGUGCUGGUGUCGGACAACUGCGUGCUGAAGAUCGCAGACUUCGGGCUCGCGAAAGACGUGCAGAGCAACGACUACUACCGCAAGAAGACGGAGGGCCGUCUGCCUGUGCGGUGGAUGGCGCCCGAGUCGCUCUAUCAUAAGGUGUUCACCACACAGACUGAUGUCUGGUCAUUUGGUGUGUUGUUGUGGGAGAUCAUGACCCUGGGAGGCACGCCGUACCCGACCGUCCCGGGCCAGUACAUGUACCAGCACCUGAGCGCCGGCCACCGCAUGGAGAAGCCGCCUUGCUGCAGCCUUGAGAUAUAUAUGCUGAUGCGAGAAUGCUGGUCCUUCUCCCCUGGCGACCGGCCCUCAUUCACCGAACUAGUAGAAGAUUUGGACAAAAUCCUGACAGUCACCGCGAACCAAGAAUAUCUGGACUUAGGCCUCCCUCAACUGGACACCCCACCUUCGAGCUACGAUGGUUCUGGAGAUGAAAGUGACAGCGAGUUUCCCUUCAUCACUAAUCGAAUGUGAUUCGAUUAUUUUUGCCGCCAGAGUGCGCUGAGUUAAACUGUCAGACAGAACUGGCAUUUGAAUUUGACAACUAUUUGGAAAUGUCAACCUAAUGUCAAUGCAUUUAUUGUCUCUGACUUGUGAGGUAAUUUGAAAAACCCACAUAAUGAAAUGAGAUGAUAAUUAGAGUGAAAGUUCAAGUCUUGAUUGAUUGGAUGAAAACUAGUCAACUAUAUUGAAUCACCGUUUACAGACUGAAUUUGAUUGACUAAAACCACCACAUGACAAACAAUGACAUCGUAAUCUAUCGUCUCUAUAAACUAUAGUCGAGGCUUUCGUGUUAUAAUUCGUAUUAUAUUUUAGUAAAAAAUCUUACAUGUAAGUAUUACAGAUUGACAAGAACGUCUGGUCCGAUGAGGGAGUCGCUACUGUUUAAAAAGUUUUCGAUCUUGAUGACAGUAUCAGACACCCUUGUCCAAAAACAUUUGUACCAAAGUUCUUUAAGCAGAAUGUUGGUGAAUUUAUACUCAUUUCAAUAUUAUGUAUUUUCAACUGACUUUUGAUUUACACACUGAUUAGUAAAUGUAUCUUUUAUUGAUGAGAUUACAUUACGUAGUAUUAUUAAACGAUAUCAAUCAACAUCCCACCUUUUAGCUGUGUGCCUUUACAUAAGGAGUGGCCACAAGACUAUGGCAUUUUAAGUAGGUACAAUAAGUAUUAUUUAUUUUAUUUAACAAUUGUAUGUAUAUGUAUACUAUUUGAAUGUUUUUUUAAAUUCUAGUAGGCGUAUAGAUAAAAAAUACAAUCAUCCGAAGUUGUCAACAUAGUAUUUAAAAAUACGUAAUGAUAUUUAGGUUUUAUUCUAGUAUUGUUAUAUUUUUACAUAUUAUUUAUACCUAUUAGUUUUACCAAAAAUAGCAAAGUAUUGCAUAAUAUUAAGUUCAAGUGUAAAUACGUUAAUGCUAUAAUAAAAGCUGAUAGUUUGUACAUAAUCAUUCUUACGCCAAAGUUUUGUAAAUUACGUGUCUGCGUUUUGUUUGCAGUAGUCUAAGUACAUUUUUAGUUAAUUUCAUAUAAACAAUUAUUUAGUAUCUAGUCUGCGUAUGAAAAAGUGUAUUAGAGAUAUUUUGGAUUUAUUAUAAGUUAAAGUUUUUUCGAAAGUCGAAGUUUUUUUAAAUAAAUCAAAGCUCUCUAUUAUUUUUCUACAAAGCCGAGCUUAUUACGACAAUAAAAAUAAUAAAAAAACAGUGAUAAAAUUAUAUAGAAAAUAACAAAUAUAUUUUUUAGAUUUUUUUAAUAUCUGAAAUUGAAAUCAAUCAUAUUUUGAGGAAUAAGAAUACAUUUAUAUUUGAAUUGGCAGUUAUUAUAAUUAUUUCCUAAAUAUUUUGACAUAAAAUAAAAGUAUGUACCACGAAAAAAGUCCCGUAAUCGUGGCGCUACUGUCGCUGUAAAAAACAAUGUAGCCUAUUUGUCAUUGAUAGUUUCAUAUAUUACCACGGGCCUUUUUUUGGUGGUAUGGUCUCUAGAAACGUUUCCCGUGUUGCAUUUCACCACCAAAAAUGUACUUAACAAUAUUAUUAGCGAUAUUAAAUAAUUACUAAUUAUUUUUAUUUAAAUAACUUUGCUCCAAGAAUUCAUAUUGUAAAACAGUAAUUUAAAAAUACGCUAUUCAAAGCCUAUAAUAAAAGGGCCCUCUCAUUUUAUUAUGCUUCGAAAAGGUACAAUACCCAUUUAAAAACAUUUUAUAUCAAAAUGCUGAUAUUAUUUUUAUGAUUUUACGAUAUCACUUAAAUUGAUAUUUUUAUGUAAAUAUACGUAAGGUACUAAAUAAGUUGAACGAAAUUAGAAAUAGUGCAAUUAUUUUAGGAAAUUAUUAUGUAUUCGAAAUUUAAUUUUACAUAAUUAUAAAAUAUUUGGCGAAAAUUUUUCUGUUUGUAUAUUUGAUAUGUCUAUUGAAAUGAAUGGAAAGUAAAAGUAAUGUAUGACGAAUAAAUUGCAUAGAAGUCGA